AUGCCAACCGUAAUCCUCGGCGGAGGAAUCAUCGGCUCGGCAACCGCCUACUACCUAUCCGAGACCCGUCCAGCAGGAGAUAUUCACGUCGUGGAAUCCUCGUCGCAACUAUUUAAUUCUGCGUCGGGGUAUGCGGCUGGGUUUCUGGCCAGGGAUUGGUUUGCACCAGCUGUUGCUUCUUUGGGUGAGCUUUCGUUUGGGCUGCAUGAGAGUCUGUCUGUUGAGCAUGGUGGGGUGGAGAGGUGGGGGUAUAUGAAAGGAACGGCAUUGAGCUAUGAUGCGAGGAUUAUAAGAGGAAAUGGCACUCGUGGUGACGGCUGGAUGGAUAGGGGGGCUAGUCGAGCGGAGACUGCUUCUGGGUCGACUCUGGGGACUGCGAUGGGGGCUCCGGCUUGGUUGACGGUUCAGCCGGGCGUGGAGGUGGAGAGGAUCAGUGAUGUCGAUACUGCCCAGGUUGAUCCGCUGAAACUAUGUCGGUUUCUGAUGGAUACGGCUAUAUCUCGCGGUGUAGAGCUCCACCAUCCGGCUAAGGCUACUUCGCUCGUGACCGACGCAGACGGGCGUAUUACUGGCGUCCGAAUUGUCGAUCUCGUCUCACAGGAAGCUUCCACGAUCCCGUGUACCCAUCUGGUUAUCUGUGCGGGAGCUUGGACGUCGCGUGUCUUCGAGGAGCUCUUCCCUUCCGCUCCGGUCUCCAUCUCCGUCUCGCAGUUGGCUGGAUACUCUCUCGUCCUCCGUUCUCCUAGACACACCCUGGAACACGAGCGACAAACAUACGGAGGACGAUGCCACGCUGUCUUCACCUCAAACCCCUUCUCCUGCGGCUUCAGCCCCGAGAUCUUCUCGCGACAGGGCGGCGAGAUCUACAUUGCUGGGCUGAACGAUCCGGACAUGCCACUGCCGGGUCGGGCAGAGGAGUCUCGCAGUUUGAUCGAUCAGAAUGAGAUGAAGAGGCUAGAGGCUGUGUCAGCCCAAUUGAUGGGUAAGCUCAUGCGUGAGGAUGCUGGGGUACGCGACACAGAUGAUCUGGAGGUUCUUCGUGAGGGACUCUGCUUCCGUCCUGUCUCCGAUCGGGGAACGCCUGUAGUAUGCCGGGUAGACGAUGAUUUACUGGGAGGCGGCGUGAGGACUGAUGGCCACGGUGGUGUGUUUGUGGCUUCUGGUCAUGGUCCUUGGGGGAUCUCGCUGUCGCUGGGGACUGGGAGGGUCGUGGCGGAUAUGGUGGAGGGGGUGCGGCCGAGGGCUGAUGUGGGUGAGUUGGGGCUUUAG